AUGAAGACCGUCACAGCACUCCGGAGGUGCCCUCUUCCCCAUUCCUACCGGCCAACAUCGCCGGUGUUCGAUUUCCUCGCACCGUCAACUUUGCGACAGAGCUGUCGCGGAUACAAAUCCACAGCAAAUGCACCUUUCUGGGGCAAAUCGCAUGAUGCGUCUCCAGCGCCCGACUCAACCCCCAGUUCGUCAAAACCCAAAUAUGCUGGAGAGCUUGCCGCUACUUUAAUUUACAAGGCGCAAACGCCGCAGGUCGUGCGUUCCCAUCCCCACCUGCGUCCGUUAAUGAAGCACAUGUAUGAUCAAGAAGCUGGGCACUUUUCGACGUUCAAUCAGAUGGUUGCGAAACAUCAAGUUCGACCAACGGCAAUGUAUCCGAUAUGGGAGGUUGCGGCAACAUUUCUCGGCUGGUCGACCGGAGCAAUGGGACGUGAGGCUGCCAUGGCCUGCACAGAAGCUGUGGAGACGGAGAUUGGCUCUCACUAUAAUGAACAAGUGCGGGAGAUACUGUCGUGGCAGGCGGAGGCGGAACGUAGAGGGGAAGAGCUGGACGAUGAAUUGAAGGAUAUGCUGGCGACGUUCCGAAGGAUCCGCGACGAAGAAUUAGAGCACUUGGACCAUGCUGUCGAGAAUGACGCCAAAGAAGCCCGGCCCUACGACCCGCUAGUCAGCGUCAUCCGAUUAGGGUGUAGAGCGGCCAUCAAUAUCAGUGAAAAGGUAUGA